AGAGAGAGAGCAACCUUGUCUUGUUUCCCGCCCUUUUACGAAAAACUCACUUAACAGUUAAAAACGCUUCCUUCUUUCUCUAUCUAUAUAUAUCUCCUGAUUCAUCUACUCACAAUGGAGGACGCAGUGCAGAACAUCGUGAACCAGCAGCGUGAGACGGAGCGCGCCGUCUUGGGUGGGCAGAAGGUGCACAUCCGUGUCCAGCAGCGUAAGGGAAAGAAGUUCGUGACGACCGUGCAGGGCCUCAAUCAGCGCCUCAACUUCCGCCGCAUCAACCGCGAAUUUCAGCGCCGCUGGGGUUGCAACGGGACGGUGAUCAACACCACGGACGCCGGGACGGUCAUUCAGCUGCAGGGCAACUGGAGCGAGAACAUCAAGCAAUUCAUCUUAGACGAGCACAUGACGACGGAGAUCAACCUCGAAAUUCACUCUCUGUAA